AUGCUGACCACACCACUGGCUUUAAUCAACGCCACGCCCCUCAACAGACUGAUGCUUUCACCAGCGCAGGACAGUCGCAGCAGCAUGGGUCUCGCCCGCAGGUACAAGGAACUUGGCAUCGGCGUGGCGACGCUUGGUCACACCCAAUCACAGCCCUGGUUGGAUGGAUCGGGAUAUGAAAAGCAAUUCACACAGGAAGGACGGCCAGGACAUGGGGAGCUGGUUCCAAACGCCGAGAACCAUCUGGAUGGAAAGCGGAACGUCAGGUCGACAUCCAUUGCAUCGCUACUUUCUCAAGGCAAUAACACUGAUGUUGCCCAGUUAGGAAAGACGAAGACCGCAUGUAAUGCAGGGGAUCAGGACGCAUUCACUAUAGGGGAGAUGAAGCAAUGCUUGGAGUACAUAAAGAAAGAGAAGCAGAAGAAGCAGAGCAAGAAAAAGAGGCAGCAGGCCUGA